UGAAUAGUGAAAAUGGCUCGUACCAAGCAGACUGCUCGUAAAUCGACUGGUGGCAAGGCGCCGCGCAAACAACUGGCUACCAAGGCCGCACGUAAAAGUGCUCCAGCAACCGGAGGCGUGAAGAAACCUCAUCGCUAUCGCCCCGGCACUGUUGCCCUCCGUGAAAUCCGUCGCUACCAGAAGAGUACCGAGCUGCUGAUCCGCAAACUGCCUUUCCAGCGUUUGGUUCGUGAAAUCGCUCAGGAUUUCAAAACUGACUUGCGUUUCCAGAGCUCGGCAGUAAUGGCACUCCAGGAAGCUAGCGAAGCCUAUCUGGUCGGUCUCUUCGAAGAUACCAACUUGUGCGCCAUCCAUGCCAAGCGUGUCACAAUCAUGCCCAAGGACAUCCAACUGGCCAGACGUAUCCGUGGCGAGCGUGCUUUUGCAACAUCCGCGUCUCCAGUGGCUGCUCCACCAGUACCAGCGGAGAAGAAGGUGGCCGCCAAAAAGGCAUCUGGAUCCGCUGCUGCUACUGCAAAGGCAAAGAAGCCCACAGCUCCACCAUCGCAUCCCCCAACUCAGCAAAUGGUUGACGCUUCGAUUAAGAGCUUGAAGGAACGUGGCGGCUCAUCGCUUUUGGCAAUCAAGAAAUAUAUUACUGCCGAAUACAAAUGCGAUGCCCAGAAACUGGCCCCAUUUAUCAAGAAGUACUUGAAGUCGGCCGUUGCCAAUGGAAAGCUGAUCCAAACAAAGGGAAAGGGUGCAUCUGGUUCGUUUAAGCUGUCGGCUUCCGCCAAAAAGGAGCCUAAGCCAAAGGUUGCAUCUGUCGAGAAGAAAGUUAAAAGUAAGAAGGUGGCGUCAUCGUCGUCGGCGGCAACCAAGAAGACAGCAAGCCCUAAAAAAGCAGCCGCUGCCGGUGACAAGAAACUAAAGGUGAAGAAGUCAGUCGCCACCAAGAAGACCGCCGAGAAGAAGAAAACUGAGAAGGCAAAGGCUAAGGAUGCGAAGAAAACUGGAACCGGCAACUAUGCCGAGCGUGUCGGUGCCGGCGCUCCCGUUUACCUGGCUGCCGUGAUGGAAUACUUGGCCGCUGAAGUUCUCGAGUUGGCUGGCAAUGCUGCCCGUGAUAACAAGAAGACGAGAAUUAUCCCUCGCCAUCUGCAGCUGGCCAUCCGCAACGAUGAGGAGUUGAACAAACUGCUCUCAGGCGUCACCAUUGCUCAGGGUGUGAAAAUGGCUCGUACCAAGCAGACUGCUCGUAAAUCGACUGGUGGCAAGGCGCCGCGCAAACAACUGGCUACCAAGGCCGCACGUAAAAGUGCUCCAGCAACCGGAGGCGUGAAGAAACCUCAUCGCUAUCGCCCCGGCACUGUUGCCCUCCGUGAAAUCCGUCGCUACCAGAAGAGUACCGAGCUGCUGAUCCGCAAACUGCCUUUCCAGCGUUUGGUUCGUGAAAUCGCUCAGGAUUUCAAAACUGACUUGCGUUUCCAGAGCUCGGCAGUAAUGGCACUCCAGGAAGCUAGCGAAGCCUAUCUGGUCGGUCUCUUCGAAGAUACCAACUUGUGCGCCAUCCAUGCCAAGCGUGUCACAAUCAUGCCCAAGGACAUCCAACUGGCCAGACGUAUCCGUGGCGAGCGUGCUUAAGUUGAUAUUUCUUCGUCAGGCGCAUAUAAAUUUCAUACAAAUCGGUCCUUUUCAGGA